AACAAAUUUGUGUCUUCUCUUCUCUUCUCUUCUCUUCUCUCUCUACAGUUUGUGUGUGUGUGUGUGUGUGUGUAUUGUGUGGGUUGUUCGUCCCAAAAUGUCUCACGCAACACUUGAAGUUCUUCUCGUGAGCGCCAAAGCUCUCGAGAACAAUGAUUUUCUCUGUAACAUGGACCCUUAUGCCAUUAUCACCUGCCGGUCUCAGGAAAAGAAAAGCAGUGUUGCAUCAGGUAAAGGAUCUGACCCUAGAUGGAAUGAAACCUUUGUAUUCACACUCUCCGACAUGGAUGUUUCCGAACUCAGAAUCAAAAUAAUGGACAAGGACACUUUCACUGCAGAUGAUUUUGUUGGAGAAGCAAUCAUACCUCUGGAGUCAGUGUUCCAUCACGGGAAAGUGCAAGCAACUUCAUACAAAGUUGCCAAGGACAAGAAAUAUUGUGGAGAGAUUAAAGUUGCUCUCACUUUUACUCCUCAGAGAGAUCGGGGCGGAUACUCUGGGGGAGGACACUCUGGGGGAGGAUACUCGAGAGAGCAUGAGAACAACAUCGGUGGAUGGAGAGAAUCCUCUAGGGAUUAUUAAUCUUGAAUCUGUGAGGUAAACUUUACUGACUAAUAUGUGUUUGAUCUUGGGAUGAAUAAAAAGAAUAAUGGUAAAUAUUUGGAUAUUCCUUGUAUUCACUGUUGUAUAAUUCAAUAUUGUAUAUUAUUGAAGCUGUUGAAGUAAU